UCGCCGUGCGCGUGCACAACAGAGUUAGAGCCACCGGCUUAUCGUACGGAUCGCGCCGAGAAUGAAAUUCUUUCUUUGCCCGGUAGAAUACAGCAGCAGCGGCAGUGUCUCUUUGUAUAGCAAUCUCGACAAUAAAAGAAAACGGCUGGAACGUUUAUGGCCGAACGGCAGUAGUACCAGUGGCUGCAUCGCCUGAGCGGAUAUUUCACCGAGGCAUUUUCCACGUCUACUUUUGCACAACGUUGCGAAAGACCGUGGCGGAAGAACGCGUUCUCCGAGUCCCGCGAAUUUUCAUCGCGCCGCGGCCGAUCGUCCGUAAACCGGUGCGAACGAACCUCAUAGACACAGAAAAUUUCGGAUAAAAUACGCGGGACGCGCCUUUCGCGUAUCGGUUAGUUUGUAGCGCGAGAUUCGAACUCGCGCCGAAGUGUGUUCCACAGUGGAUACUAUUUCUCUUUUGGGUUACAACACGAAGUGGCCGACAGGCGCAAUGCCGGUGCCCGUUUGGGAUUGCUCUGACCUGGGCCUGUUAGACGAGCCCCUGGACACCGCGACGGUGGUGUCCGACGACAUAUGGAAAAAGUUCGACCUGGACUUCCCGCUGGAUCGCGCGGACGUGUAUCACGAGCGGAUCAUCGACGACGGUGUUGUGCCAGAACUGCUGUACGGCAAGAUGACCUGUCUGGCGUCUCGCGAGAUACGUCAUCACGAUUGCAUGUGGGCAGGACUGUGCAUCAGCAAAGAACACAAUAGGACGUUACCCGCGAAGAAGGACUCGCAGAUACAGAAGAGAGUGCCAGCGGGACGAAGUCUGUUGAUAUCGCGGGCAAACGCCGCGCAAUCGGCGACAUCGUUAUCGGGGAACCAGCAACAGGCCCAGCAACAGUGCCGCGCGAAAAAUCUGGAGAGCGACGGCGAUUCCACCAGGCCGGAAACACCACAAAGUUCAGCAUCCGACACAGAGACGGAGGACGAGGGGCCUUUCUUUAGGCACGAUCAAAUCAACAUACACGAGAAACUAUCCGAGUGUAUGUCAGAGGCGGUAACCAAGGCUGUGCCAGUGAGCGAGGUCACCGGUCAACUGGUCAGGUUCCACGACAGGAGGAAAGAGGACGACAAAGGUCAGUGUCAAGUGCAUAAGGAAACCAGUAUCAGGAACACCCUCAGCGAUCACUGUUAUCACCUCAAUCAACCCAUUGGCAAGAACCUGGAACACCUCGGCGUACAGACACCCUCUGAUUCCGAGGAGGAGGAGAUAGACGUGGUGACGUUCGAGAAACCUUGCAGACCAGCGGCCUUACCGACGUACCCGAGCCCCGCUGACCAACAGCACUUCCAAUUGACGGUGAACACCGCGUUCAAAGACAAAAAUCCGGCACCGAGGCCACGUGGCAGGCCGCCGUCGAAUCCUGCGCGAAAGAGGACCGCGCAGCCCGAUCACAAGCCCGCGAAACGCGCGCGUCAUAGGACCACGUACCAGAGGAGAAACAAGGUAGGACGAUGUAUGACAGUGUCGUCGCCGCCCUCCAUCAAGAUGACAGUGUCGUCGCCGCCCUCCAUCAAGAUGACAGUGCAGACCGCCUCGAGAAGCUCGUCCGACGACGAGCUGGACACCGAGAAGAGAAGCUUGCACAACAAUAUGGAACGACAGAGGCGGAUAGAGCUGCGGAACGCGUUCGAGGAGCUGCGCGUUCUCGUUCCGGCGGUCGAGUCGAAGGAGAAGGCACCGAAAGUCGCGAUACUCAGGCAGGCAGCCGUGUACUGUGAUAUGUUGACCGAGAUCGGUCAGAUCACGGUGGCCAAGGUGACGGAGCUCAGAAGGCGGCAGGAGAAGCUCAGAGCCAGGCUCAGCCAGCUGCGGAGGAGUCUCGCCAUGACGCGUUGAGGAGAGACUCUGGGAAUCGUAUCAGAUUCAGCCGAACUGGCCAGCUUGGUACGUUCGAGUCGAAUUGUACGCGGAUCGGCAACAAUCUCGCUCUCGACGUUCGCGGUUCCAUCGCCUUUCAACGAGAUUGCGCUCGGUCACGGCGUAAGGGAUGAUUUUCAAGCACCCAGGUACGGCCUGGCCGGACGGAAGAGGAACGCCUGGGUUCAUGGUUUUCUACGAUCCAUGGUUCGAUCGGGAUCGCGAAACGUCGGACAGGGGCGAAGCAAUCUUUCGAUCGGUUCCAGCGAGAGACCGCGGAGAUCGGAAUUUCGUUUACCCGAUGGAAAGCAAGGCUCGAAACGUCGACACACACCGAACAGAAUGUAAAGAAUUGGUGCCAAAUAUUAGGGGAGAUCGAGGCGACGAGAUGACUUUGGGGACGAUCUAGAAUUUGGUCGAAAGCGUUGGAAUCGACCGGUUUUCCGUUUUUCCUUUUUUGCAGAACCCGCGGAGAAAAGGAACUGCGAACUUCGGAUCGCGUUCGAUAAAGUCACAUUUUUAUUAUUGGCGUUUCAUCGCGCGGAUUAUCGACUGGGACCGGUUCCGAGAAACUUGAGAAUGCGGUGAAUGUUCGAAGAAAAAUAUGUUACAAGGAAAUUGAACGAUAUUCGAUAUAUAGACGAAUGUGAAGAUUAUUUUUUCAGCGCGUCGGACGUUUCCCUUUUGUUUUCUACUCAUUUUAAGUAAAAGACUUGCAUUUGAAUGUCGAGACUAAUCCGACGAAAGUCGAAAAGACGAUGGAUCGUUCGAGAUCUCUCAUCCCUCUUGGAUUUCGUCGGCAAAGCGAAACGUGCGCGCGCAACCGUGGAAAUGAAAAUUUAUCGCGAUUUAUCCGGUGUUAAUAACACCAGUUCCCAACUAACUGGUCUUAGUAUUUCUCGGGCGAACCGGUUCCCGGGCGUGUCGUUCAUUUUGUAAAAGAAAAAGCGGGAAGCGCAUUCAGACUUUGAUCGUCAGUCGGACGGUUCUUUUUCCAAAACUCGUAUCGAUAACUGGGAAAGAAGUUACUCGUGGAGGUUCCUUUUAGCGAUUUUAUAUUAAAAGUUAGAACUGGACGAGUCGGAUGCAUCGACGUUCGACUGGUUCCUGCUAAUCGUGCAGCUCCCUUUCGCGGCUGGCGAUAAAUAAUAUAAAUUUGUUUUUUUAAACAGCGGUCAGACGAACGCAAAAAGAAAUUAAUUAGCCCCCUCUGUCGUCGAACGAGUGUUGAAAAACUGAUUAUUCGGCGACUCCGAGCAACGCGAUUGUCCCCGGUCGUUCAUCGUAGUUUUAACGGAAAACGACUGCGCGUCGAAAAAUUGUUAAGGGUCGUGGAAACGAGCGGCAAAACUAUGAUUCUUCGAUUUGAAAAGAAAAAAAAAACAUACCCUCGGUUGUUUCGUACGAUCACGAGUGCGUUCAACGAUGCCAUUUAGUACGAAAGCGACAGCUGCGAUUAACUAAUCUCUCCAUUGUCAAAUUCCAUUGUUUUCUCCCAACAAUAUCGCGCUUGUAUCGCUAAAAUAGGUAGGUGUUCGCCGAUCGAUGAUCGCUGUGCGAUCUUCAAAAGAAAAGAAGAAAAAAAAAAAAAGAAAGAAGAAGUUCCGACGCGUAGCGCCUUCGAUAGUUAUGAUCCGAUGCAUCUAGUAGUGGCUGUAUUCUGGGAAUCUUGCAAGUAGGUGAGCGAAUGAGUCACGGGCGUGUGGGUGGAAAACAGUUUGCAUCUAGGACAGAGAGAAAGAGGGUGAGAAAGUGGGGGAGAGAAAGAGACACAAGUACACACACAGGACUCGUUCGCCGCGUACGUUAAAAUUCUAAUUUCGCGCGGUCCCUUUCUCGACGGUGAUAACGUCUAGUUGUAUUUUCGGAUCGAAAGUCUUUUUUUCGUCCGCCUUCCUCUUUUUUUUUCCCCCCGUCGAAUCCGGUGCGUAUCGGGCGCAGACGGGACGUUGGUUUUGUCCUUUUGAUAAAGUCGAAAAAAAAAAAAGAAACAGUACCGAUCCCGGGGCGAUAUUCAGUCUUCGCGAUACUUUCAAACGGGUGCAAUAAGCAAACGAUGCGAAUAGAAAGCCUCCGUAGCGGACCGUUACUUUUGUUAUUAAUUAUUGUCGGACACCGCUCGGCGAAGGAGGGAGACACGGCGGCCGAAAAAUCGGGACAAGGAUCGAACGAUUUUUUUUUCUUUUUUUUUUUUUUUUUAACCAUGAUCGAUCCGACGACGCGCGCUCGUCUCGAAAGUUUUUCCACGCCGAUGAAACUCGCGACGAGAGUUGGAUCUCACGAGUCCCUCGCGGAAAGAUGAGGGGGACGUAGAAUUUCGGCCCGGUUUGUCUUUUAGUUUGUCCGUGAACGGUGCUCGCGAAGUAAACGUCGACGCGAUUUUACAGGAAAAAGAGAUAAGAUUUUUCCCGCGAGGUCCACAGAGGCCUGACUACGCUUUUAAAUGUAUAUAAACACUGUACAUAUUAUAUGUAUAUAUACAUACAUGUAGGUUUAUUUAUAUAUAUAUAUAUAUAAAUAUAUAUAUAUAUAUAUAUAUAUAUUCACACACACACAUGCAUACGUAACAUACUAGCAUAUAUAAAAAUUAUAUACACGAAUGAGCGCGCACUCGCGCUCGUCUCUGUGUGUACGUGUGUGCGAGAUAAGGAGAGAAAGAGAGCGCGUGAAAAAAAGUAUAACACUACUAAUUAUUGACUUUAACAUUAAUAUUAUUAUUAUUAAUAUGUCUUAUUAUCACCAUUAUUAUAACUACUAUUAUUGUUACGAGUUUUAGUUACGAGUUUUCGAGCAUUUCAUUGCUAACACACAAUGAUUCUUAAUAAUUUUAUUACAACGAACCGCGAUCGUUUGCACGUGAACGAUCGUCGCGCGAUUAUUCGCUAAGAUUUAAAAAUCAAUAAAUGAUGAGGAUAUAUAUAUUAGGGAUUAUAUUAUUAUAUAAAAAAAAUAUAUAUAUAUAUAUAUAUAUGUAUACGUGUACGUAUAUGUAUAUGUAUGUAUAUGUACUAUUAACGAAACGUCGUCGCGGCCCCCGUAGAAAUCUGUUUCUCGACGGGACAGGGAGUGCGAGUGCCGGUGCUCUCGCGUGGGGUGAGAUAAAGAGGCAAAAUAAUGUGUUCAUUACAUUUGUAGGUAACAGUAUUCGUUUAUAUACAUACUUUUUACGGGCUAUCGAGAAGAUGAAAAAGAAAAAAAAAACAUUGUUACAGGAAGGAAAGACCUUUCGGGUGACAGGCUUCUUUCACACGCAGUCACGCAUACGCACGCGCGACACGAAAAAAAAUACAAAAAAUCACACACACACAGACACACACACAAAAUGGACAGAUUCACGCGCGCGUACACGUAUGUUUACGAAGCACAAUUCUUGCUUACCAAACGCAUGAACACACCGAACGGUAUAACGAGA